UUUUUCCAACAAAUAUUGUGCAUUGUUCUACAUACGUACACAUUUGUUGAAGAUAAAACAUUUCUAGUUCCGCGAGCAAAGAAAAUAAAACCGAUGCUAAGGAAACCUAUUUUCAAAAGCAUUUUGGAGAGCUGUUUUUGAUAUGUGUUUUUCACAGGCCUGAAGCCUCUCUAUGAGUGCGAUUUCAUCACGGAAAUUUGCGCGUAGAUGAGAACUAAGCAAUGCUUGUCACAAAGGGAAGAGAAUAUUCUGCUCCGGUUUUAUUUACGCAUUAUCUUGAGCUCAAGAUUAGAACGUCGGUCCUUGCAUGAGUCAAGGUGAUAUAUUCCAGAUUUCCAGCUGCUUUGCACGUCACCAUGGUGAUGGUGGACUCUCAGUCUCGCGGCAAAUUAAUUAACGCUCUGACCGCUGAUGCCAGGGACUAAUAAUUGAGCACCCAUUCGAUUCGUUGAAAGAAACUAGUUGCCUCUUGUCCCCAAUCCUCACUCUCACACAUUCAGACAUUUAUGUAUGUCCUCUUGUACUUUGUUGACAACAGGGGAUGCACGACCAGAAAAAUAUGCCUGCCGCUGCCUGCCGGGAUCAUCACGCGACCCGUCUGGUCGCCGGCGAGAUGCUUCUUUUCGAGACCCGUCUCUCCACACCGUUCACCUGUAAAUUCGGCUGCACCCCUGCAAACGGAAGCGCUCCACCAUCGAUAUCACCAUGGCACGGGUCGCUGCCACUUUCAUGGCCCUCGCCUGCUUGUGCUUGGCCCCUGCAGUGGGUGCACCGGCGACGGUCUCGGCGCGGCGACCGCUGCGGGGCAACGACACGCUGGUCUCGGCACAGGGCAACUUCGAGCUCGGCCUUUUCAGCCCUGCCGGCAGCUCCGGCGACAGGUUCUACCUCGGGAUCUGGUACAAGAGCAUCCCCGGCCAGACCGUCGCCUGGGUCGGCAACCGCGCGACUCCCCUGUCUGGCCUCGCCUCGGCUGAGCUCCGGGUGUCCGCCGACGACGGCAACCUCGAGCUCGUCGGUCCCACCAGCGCCUCCAGCUUACCCGUCGUCGUGUGGUCUUCAAACCUCUCGUCUUCGUCUCUGUCGUCGACGCCGGGCUCGAACAACACGGCGGAGAUCCGCGACGACGGCAACCUGGUCCUUGUCGACGGCGCCAACUCCUCCAACGUGCUGUGGCAGAGCUUCGACCACCCCACGGACACGUACCUGCCGGGGGCGUGGCUCGGGGAGAACAAGCGCACCGGCGAGUACCAGGCGCUGUCGUCCUGGCGGAACGCCCAGGACCCUGCGCCGGGAAUGUUCUACGACACGGUCGACCCCAACGGCACCGCCGAAUUCUUCAUGCUGUGGAACCGGUCCCGCGUGUACUGGCGGGGCGGCGUCUGGACCGGGGGGCGAUGGAGCGGCGACGUUGGAGCGGCGACUGGACGCGGCACCAACCUUUACAACACGACGUACGUCGACACGCCGGCGUUCCGGGGCACCACCACCGUGCUCUCCGACAACGCGACCAUCACGCGCCUGGUGCUCGAUCUCAACGGCCAGAAGAAGCAGUUCGUCUGGGUGCCAGCGAGCCGGAGCUGGCAAUUGUUCUGGGCGGCGCCCACCGCGCAGUGCGACGCGUACGCGCUCUGCGGCAACUUCGGCGUCUGCAACCAGAGGAGCCAGCUGCCGUGCCGAUGCCCGCCGGGGUUCGCUCCGGUGUCGGAGCGGGACUGGACGCUCAGCGACUGGAGCGGUGGCUGCCGCCGGAGCUCGCCGCUAACAACCUGCGCGCACAACGGGUCGACCACCGAUGGGUUCCUAGCGCUGCCGGACGUGAAGCUCCCCGACGAACCGCUCGCCGUGGGCACCGCCAGAAGCAAAGCAGAGUGUGAAUCAACUUGCCAAAACAACUGUUCGUGCCAGGCCUACGCCUUCUCCGCCGGUUGCACCGUCUGGCACGGAGACAUCCGCAACCUCGAGCAGCUCUUCGCCGACUCCAGCAGCCCCGGGUCAGACUUUUAUCUCCGGCUUUCACAAAGAGCAUUACAAGAUCUGCAUAACGUACACAAGAAGAAAGAAGGGACAAAGUUAUGGCUUGUCGUUGGCAUCACGCUGACCGGUGUAGCAGCAUUGGGCGCGUCGGUCAUACUAGCCUGGAGGAUUCUUCUUGCGCGGAGAAGACUGGCUGUGUCCAUGGAGAACGAGAAUGGAUCCUCCUUGGCUGUGUACAGCUACGGCGACCUCCGUGCCGCCACCAACAACUUCUCGGAGCGGCUGGGCGGCGGCGGCUUCGGCUCCGUGUAUCGCGGCGUCUUGAAGCAGCAAAAGGGAGGCAACACGACUCAACUGCAAGUGGCGGUGAAGAAGCUUGAAGGCUUUGCACGACAGGGUGACAAGCAGUUCCGGGCCGAGGUGAGCACGUUGGGGCUGAUCCAGCACGUGAACCUCGUCCGGCUCCUCGGGUUCUGCUCGUCGGGCGACGAGAAGAUGCUCGUGUACGAGUACAUGCCCAGAGGCUCCCUCAACGGCUCCUUUUUCGACGGCGGCGCGUGCCCGAGCUGGCGCGACCGGUACCGUGUCAUGAUCGGCGUGGCGAGAGGUCUGGCCUACCUGCACGACGGCUGCCGCGAGCGCAUCAUACACUGCGACAUCAAGCCGGAGAACAUCCUGCUGGACGAGGACAUGUCCCCGAGGAUCGCCGACUUCGGGAUGGCGAAGCUGGUGGGCAGGGAUUUCAGCCGCGCACUCACGACGAUGCGAGGCACCAUAGGGUACCUCGCCCCAGAGUGGAUCUCCGGGCAGCCCAUCAGCGCCAAGGCCGACGUGUACAGCUUCGGCAUGGUGCUCUUCGAGCUCAUCUCUGGACGGCGUAACUCCGAGAGGUUCGGCGAGCUGGAGGCAGCAGGGACCUUCUUCCCUGUGUGGGCCGCGGAAAAGGUCGUCGAAGGAGAGGUAGGCGCCGUGGCCGACCCGCGGCUGCACGGCGACGUGAUGCCGGAGGAGCUGGAGCGGGCGUGCAGGGUGGCGUGCUGGUGCAUCCAGGACGAGGAGGCGCACCGCCCAACCAUGGCGCAGGUCGUGCAGGCGUUGGAGGGCGCCGUCGUGGUCCAUGCGGCGCCGGUGCCGCGGGCGCUGCAGCGCCUCGCCACGUGAGCUCACGUCAUUCAAACGGCCACUGCCGCAGGAGAGCCUUUCCUAUGCCAAUGCAACGACCGCGCGAUAAGGUAGUUUCGUGUGGCGGGUCUUUCUUUUGGGGAGUGUCAUUUCCUGUUACAGUCUGCUAAAAAUAAAAUUGGAUUUCAAUCA